UUCUCCAAGGUUGUGCACAGGGACCUGAAGCCAAGUAAUAUUCUGUAUGUUGACGAGUCUGGAAAUCCAGAAUCUCUGCGCAUCUGUGAUUUCGGUUUUGCCAAGCAGCUCCGGGCAGACAAUGGCCUCCUCAUGACACCCUGCUAUACUGCCAACUUUGUAGCACCCGAGGUACUGAAAAGACAGGGCUAUGAUGAGGGCUGUGACAUUUGGAGUCUUGGAGUAUUACUAUACACUAUGCUUGCUGGUUUUACACCAUUUGCCAACGGACCAGAAGACACUCCAGAAGAGAUUCUGAGUCGGAUAGGGAGUGGACGCUUUACUCUGAAGGGAGGCAACUGGGACGCGGUGUCUGAUGCUGCCAAAGAUCUGGUUUCUAAGAUGCUCCAUGUGGAUCCUCACCAGCGACUCACAGCCAAGCAGGUCCUGAAGCAUCCGUGGAUCAUUCAGAGAGACAAACUUCCCAACAGCCAGUUACAACAUCAAGAUGCCAAGCUUGUCAAGGUAUCACAGCCAUGAGGCUCUUAAAUUUAU